AUGGCAGCGGCCUGGAGCUCCUUAGGACUUGGCAGUGAGCUUCUGGACUUCUUUGGUGGAGCCAGUGGCCCCAGCGAAAAGCUGUGCCAGCGCUUCGCCGUGCCAGCGAUACAGGAGGGCGACAUGAUCACCUCCAUGCGCUGGUGGCCUAGUGGGAUGGAUGGAGCGUCACCACGACAUUGCUUGAUACUGGGCUCCUUGGCAGGGCGCUUGGUCAUCAUGGAUGUGGCCACCCAAACCCAGUUGCGUACCUUCUCCUUGUCGCCGAUCGUUUUGUUGCAGCUUUGCCGCUAUCACUCUCAAGAAUGGCUGUUGAUUGAGACCACGGCGGAGCCCAAGAAUUGGAAGCUGCUUCUCGCUGAAGAGAGAUCGGGACCGCCACAGUCACAGCUACGGUGGAACAUCACGGAUGGCCAAGCCUUACCCUGCGCUUCUGGAGAGCACUUUGAGAUGGAGCCAUUGCAUGGCCGAGUCGCGCCCCACCUGUUGCUGGUGGUCCGCCGGGCGACGCCGGAGGGGAAGAACGAGGUGCUGGGAAUGCUUGUGGAUGAGGAGGACGGGCAGGGUCAAGAGCAAGGCCUGUGCCUCUUAUUGUCCUUGCCAUCUUUUCCAGAAGAUCCCUUGGCACGGGUCGAACUCCCGAUCGAUGUGGCGCCCCCCAGCAGCGCUGGACAGCGCAGGCUUGUGGAUUUGGUGGUCCUGCUGGGUGGCAACAUGUUUCUGACGGUGCUGCACGAUGGCCCCGAUCGCUCGGUGGUGCUGGUCACCACCGCCAAGCCCGGCCCGGCGGAGCUGCGCGCGCGGAGCUCGAACCAGGUGGUGCAAGAGCUGCGGAUGCCCGGGCGUGUGCUGGGCGCUUGUGCUCAUCAAUCCUGGUCUGAUGCCAAGAGCGGAGGUCGGUCACUGGCAAUCCUUUGGACAGCUGCUGAAGUGUUCACUUUGACUGCCUUGGGCACCUCGUUGGCGGACACCUUGCAGUUGGCUCUUUGCCGUGGCGUUUCCGUUGCCGAAGACUGGGAUGAGUCGCUGCCCUUGCUUUGCUGGGCGUUGGACAUCGACGUCGACUGUGUCCUUUUGGGCGCGGGCCGCCGCAUGCUGUCAGGGAGGUGGUCACAGAUUGGAGAGGAAGGUCUUAGGAGGGCACUGGCCUUAUGGGAGCGGCGCUCUUCCAAAGAAGUGCCAUUACUGGUGCUACAGGAGUGUUUCAGUGAGCUCUUUCAGAAUGUCGAAGUGAUGCACCUCUUGGCUCCAGGAAUUCUUCAGGUCUUACGGCCUCAUUGGCCCCAGGUGGCGCUCAAGCUGCAUGCCCUGCACCGCCGAGCGGGCUCAGUCACCCAUGCUUCAUCCAGUGACGCAGACGAGGAAAGCAAUGGCGAAGAGAGAGGCAGUCAACCAGAGCUGGCGAAUGUGGCGUGGUUUUUGUCGCUGGUGGUGAUGCUGCUCGUGGUGCUUCGGCGGACCAAAGAGGGUGCCAGCGAGUACCGACGUGGCGGGAAGAGCAGCUCCAAGUUGCACGAAGGCAUCGCCUGGCAAGCGUGGGUCUCUGACCAGGUCACGCUCAUCAUCAGCGGCGCCAAGGGGCGCCCCCCCAGCAGCUUCCCCGAGCUGGCCGAGGCCGUGCAGCAGGAGUUCGACGCCUGGUGGGCGCAGGAGCUGGAGGCUGAAGGGUCGCCGCACCUCUUGGCCAGUAGCCUGUCCCCGGCAGCACGGCCCAGCGAGACGCAGCACGGUCCGAGAGGAGAGCCGCUGCGAGAGGCAGCGCUCGAGAGGUGUUACUCAGCGCGGCUCUUGCUGCUGGGAGCUUUGAGGAGACGAUGUCCUUUAGAGGUGAAACAGAGCCUUUGCAGCUUCGCAGGCUGGGUGGCGAGUCACAGAACCCUGGCAGCCACCUUCGCCAUCACCAGCCUGGUCGAUGUCCUCCUGCGAGGUGCAUUUGUGAAAGUCACCACUGAGAAUGGAGAAGAGAUUUACGAGCUGGUGGCGGAUGAGGCCUUAGCAUUGGACGUCUCCCUGAGCCUGUUGGCUUCGACCACGGAUCCCGACACGGCAACGUUGUGCGAUCAUCCAACGUACCUGGCCUAUGGCACGCUCACCGCGAUUUUGGCUUCGACCAAGCCUGAGCUCAAUGAGCCCAAGCCUUUGUGGAGCCCAUCCCUCGACGGCCCUCAGAUGCGAAUUGACAUGGUGGUGCCUGACUCUGACGCACCGCUUUUGGAUCAAUUGAAGAAGCUGGGUCAAGAGGAGACUCUACCUGCAGGUGCCCUAAGUCCUGCAGCUUCAUCAGACGCACUGAAGUGGCUCACUUUCCUGGACUCGCUCGGUGGCUUGGGCGGUGAUGCUUGCAUUGGAUGUUCGACUACUUGGAGUUGGCAGCGCCAGGAGCAGAUGGUCUCGUUUGCAGCGACAGAGCCCAACAUCAGGGUCCAGAAGCCGCAUUUGGUCCAGGUGCUCCUUCCCUUGGAAACGUGGCUCAUGAAGUCCUGUCCCCUCACCGGUCCGCCGAGUCCGGAGCAGUGGGCCGAAGCCGCAGUUCGUCCGAGUGGAGCAGACGGAGCGGUCGAUGGCGUCGAGCUGGAACUCUUGGAGCAUGGGGCGGAAUGGGAAGUGCCUGAGUCCUUUGUGGAUCGCCUCGUGCAAUGCUCUUGGUGGCAGCGCCAUGCUGUUGGACCAACACUGCCGCUGAUGCUUCUGGCGUUGCUCACGGUGGAAGAGCGGUGGCUUUGGGAGUUGCCAUGGACGGCCCAGUUCCGGCUACACGUGGCACACGCCCUGUACAUUGUGAAAUCCUGGGCCACAUCUGACAAGGACGAGCAGACCUGA